UGUAUCAAGAGCUCUCGCGAAUGUUGCUAUGUAGAAAGGGCCAUAUUCCGGACGUUUGAUACCAACAUACUAGCGGGCGGGAAGACAAGGGAUGGAGCCGAGUCUCAGCAGCUCUUUGAUGAUGAUCAAAGAUGGCUAAGCAUUCCGAAAGAUUUAACAUUCAUCAAUAUUGAAGAUCCCUAUGAGUCUGAUUCCCCGACUGUGCUCUCUUGGGAUGUAAGGGAAGCAAGUCAAGCGGUCUCUCACUAUGUAGAGGAUGAGACAACGAAGUCACAAUUUGAUGGUGAGCAUGAAACACCGCAUGGUGGAUCCAACAUUGCCGCACAUUUUCCAACAGACUUGGAUGAAGAUGAAGGGCCGUCUGUCCUUGGGUCAGAUACGGCUGUACACGAUGGCCUUUUGGCCAUGCGACUGCUGAGGCAUUUCAAAGAGGGCCCUGGGCAAUGGAUGGAUACUUUCGAUACUGGUGCCUACUUCUCACACAAAGUGACAGUCAUGGCCGCUACAAAGCCGUUAUUGAAGUCCGCCGUGUGCGCUCUCGCGGCCAAGCAUCUAGGUCACUGUCAACACAACAAUAAUUCCCACAGUGGAAACAGUUCGUUUGAGAGACGCACUGCACUUCCACAACUUGAUGAUAAAGUUGACUGGCAAUAUCAAUCCGCAAAAUACUAUGGCAGUGCUAUCAAGCACCUCAAAGUUGCUAUCAAUCGCGGAGCUUUUGAGACUGAUGAUGCUGAUAAAGAAGAGUUGUUUGCUUCCAUUACCAUAUUAUGCACGUACGAGCUUAUGGAUGCACCGGGUACAGCCUGGAGCGCUCAUCUCAGCGCACUGCCGCUGUUCAGUCCGAACCCCAGCUCCAAUUCUAUUUUGGGCUCUCCAAUCACUAUUCCGAGAGCAGCUGUCUCAGGUCCAAUAUUCUGGAGCCUCGCCAGACAAGAUUUGCUCUGUGCAUUCAUUAGCGAGACGCAGACACGGCUCGAUCUAAAAGACAUACGCUUGUGGCAAAAUGCAGGCCUCGUUACCGAUGAAUGUGGAUCGUUGAUGCCAUUUUACAUCUCCAAUGCCGCGGACGUUGAAGAGGAUGCAAGAAGCAAUGAGCUUGUCUGGCUGCUGGGCAAGAUUGCGAAUCACAUCGCCGCCGGAGACGCAUUAAACCCAGAACAUUAUUCCCUUCCGCCGGGGCAGCGGCCGCUAGUUGGCGUGACUCAAGAGCAGCUGCUAGAAAGAUGGAACUUGCUCAUUCGAGAGCUUCAAGAUUGGCGUUGCAGCCUCCCAGUGAGCUUCACUCCGAGUGCUCGAACCCUCAGCACGGAUAUGGCGGGAACAUUCGGCAAUAGCAAAGGCUAUUGUCCUCUGAAUUUCGAAAAGAUAUGGUACGAGGCAUCUAUAUGCGCUGCAACAAUGCAGAGCUAUCACAUGGCUUGCAUUCUACUCUUGACAAACCAGCCUCAAGAGUCCACUGCCGUUCGAUCCUCUGUCUCUGCUCGUCUGGACUCAUAUCGACAAAGCGAACGCGAGGCUCUCCGCCACGCCAGAGAAAUUUGUGGCAUCAGCCUGACCAAUCCGCCGGAUUCUGUGCGAGUACAUUCUGUCCAGGCCCUCUUUGUGGCGGGCCAAGUAUUUACCGAUUCGCAAGACCUUGAAGUUGUCUUGGAGCUGUUAUACGGCAUUGAGCGGGACCUCGGGUGGACAACAAGCCACCAUGCUUCUAGAAUUGCAGAU